AUGCGCUUCAGUCGCCUCAGCGCUGACAAGCAGAGGCCGGUUGCUUACCACUUCCUCCAUCUUCCUCCGUUGUAUCAGUGCGUUCUGUGCUCGAAAGAGGAACUUCACCCGUUCUGGCAAUCCGGGGUGCCCAAGCGUGACCAAAAUCUGGUGCACACCGAAAGUCCAAGCCUCAGCCUCAAGUUGAGCCACAUUGCAAAACUCACUUGUUUUGAGAAACUAGUUCUCGACUCCCACCGGCUGACUCGGGUGACUGACUCUGCUUUUCCAGCGGUAGCGGAGGACAUCACGGUGGAUCCAGUUGAAGUGGCAGCCCCUGCAGAGGCAGCCGCAGAGGCGGCUCCCCUACUAGCGGAAGACAUCACUCUGGAUGACCGGUCUGCGGAACUGACUGCUCCUGCAGAGGUUCCGGAACGCACCACUGAAGACGAUGUGGCCGAGGAGCCUGUGAAGUCUCCAAAGGCUUUUCCAGCGGUAGCGGAGGACAUCACGGUGGAUCCAUUUGAAGUGGCAGCCCCUGCAGAGGCAGCCGCAGAGGCGGCUCCCGCACUAGCGGAAGACAUCACUCUGGAUGACCGGUCUGCGGAACUGACUGCUCCUGCAGAGGUUCCGGAACGCACCACUGAAGACGAUGUGGCCGAGGAGCCUGUGAAGUCUCCAAAGGCUGUUCCAGCAGUAGCGGAGGACAUCACGGUGGAUCCAUUUGAAGUGGCAGCCCCUGCAGAGGCAGCCGCAGAGGCGGCUCCCGCACUAGCGGAAGACAUCACUCUGGAUGACCGGUCUGCGGAACUGACUGCUCCUGCAGAGGUUCCGGAAAGCACCACUGAAGACGAUGUGGCCGAGGAGCCUGUGAAGUCUCCAAAGGCUGUUCCAGCAGUAGCGGAGGACAUCACGGUGGAUGAUCCAGUUGAAGUGGCAGCCCCUGCAGAGGGUGAACGCGAGUGUCGUGAUGUGUUGUAUGCUAUGCAGUCCCUUGGCAAAGACCAGAAUGACAGCGAUGCUGAGUCAACAGUCGCGUCUCAGGGGCCAACCGAAGUUGAGGAUUGGUUUGGAGAGUUUGCUGCCUUUCAUCGCGAAGACUACUGGUGA